AUGACUCCUCUGGACAACGCUAUGCGUUCAAAGAACGCCUUCCUAGGCUUCGCCGGUCUGGUCGCUGCGACUGGCAUCUGGGCGAUCUGGGGCAGCGACAUGUUCCCCGCCGCUGCGGAUCCCACGGGCAACCCGGAGACCUGGACGAGGGAUGAGAUGAGGAGGUGGCUGGCUGCGCGGAAUUUACAUCCCCAGGACAGCGAUACGAGGGAGCAGCUUCUGGAAAGGGUCAAGGCAAACAUGCGGUAG